AUGACUGAUGGACAAGCACAGCCGGCUGAUGAUGGCACCGGGGAGGAGCUUCAAGAAAAGGAUCUGAAUGUGAGCAUCCCACCGCCUCCAGAAGCACAACAUGACCGACCAGCUCGGAAAAGAGCAAACAAGACGAAGACCUCUUUCAUACAGGAGUCUGAUGAUUGCACCGCUGGGGAAGAGCUUCAGCAAGCGGAUGUUAAUGUGAGCCUCCCUCUGCCUCCAGAUGCAGACCAUGACCGACCAGCCCGGAAAAGACCAGACAAGACGAAGACCUCUUUCAUGCAGGACUUUUGCGCCUGCUGCACCCAUACUGAGCAGGUUGAUGAUCUGAAUCCUACAGUUAUUGGCGAAUGUUUGGAGCAUUUGGCCAUCAAAACAAGGUUCAGCAUUCGCAACAUUUGCUGUGACUCGGAAGUACGUUUGAUUGAGCGGAUUGUCACUCCACUUCCUGGAGUUGAGAGUGUGUCCAUCAACACCUUCCAGAAGAUUUGCAUCGCAGUCCACUGCCCAAGCUGUACCACACCAGACUCUAUCGUUGAAAAGCUUAACCGCUCGGGUUUGGGUGCUGCCUUGCUCGGCCAAGGAAACAUGGAGAUCAACCCUGAGGCUCCAAGCCUAAGAGAUAUGUUCCAUCGCCACAGCCGCCAGGUACUGGUCGUGGUGUCAGCUCUGCUAUUGACCAUGGGGCUCGUUGGGUCGGGCGAGGUUUUGCUUCUUCUGGCACUGGUGGUGGGCUUGCUUGCGAUCUUGCGCGAGUCGCUGGUCACUCUGAGGAAGGGGCAGAUUGACAUCAGCACCUUGGUGGUUUUGGCUUCCCUCGCUGCCGCCAUGCAAGGUGAAAGAGCAGAUUCUGCUUUGGUAGUCUUGCUCUUCAACAUCUCAAAGGUGGUGGAAUCAGUGGCGCUGAAUCGAGUCUCCAGUGCACUGCGGGCCGUGUUGCAAUUGCAGGCAGUCCACACAGUGCAUUUGGUGGAAGGCAAAGCUGUGCCAGUCUCGGAGCUGAAACCAGGAGAUGAGAUUGCCCUGCGGCCUGGGGAGGAAUGCCCUGCAGACGGCUUGGUGUCAAAAGGUUCGGCUUCUUGCUCAGAGGCUGCUCUAUCCGGAGAGUCCAGACCAGUUCACAAGCAGAAGGGCGACCUGAUCUCCUCUGGCGCAGUGAUUCUCAAUGGAUAUUUGGAAGUCACCUUGACGACAGCUAGUUCCCAAAGUGCCCUAUCACUAAUUGAAGCACAGGUUGAGGAGGCUCAGAUGAAAAGGACAGACAAACACCUGAUGAUCCAGCGCUUUGCGCGUUUGUGGACUCCCAGUAUCAUCUUUGCAGUGCUGGUGAUUUGCAUCUUGAUUCCUCUCUUGACCAAUGGUGAUUUCCAAACCUGGAGCCAUCGUGGCCUUGUGGUGCUGCUCACCGCAUGCCCAUGUGCGAUUGUCAUCGGAGCACCUUUGGCCACCACCUGUGCAAUUGCUGCUGCAGCCUCUCACGGACUCCUCAUCAAACGGCCUGAGACAGUGGAGAAGUUGCCGCACAUUGCAGCCGUGGGACUGGACAAGACUGGAACCCUAACAAAAGGUGAGCUGAGUGUACUUGCAGCAGAGAAGCUCGGUGAUCCAAACUUAGAAGAAGAAGUGGUGCUGAAAUGGGCUGCAGCUCUGGAGCUGCGAUCUUCUCACCCUAUUGCUGCUGCAAUUGUGUCAAAAGCUCUUGGCUGCGUUGGGGAAGCCUUGGAAUAUACUGACCUUCCAGAAGUAACAAAUUUCCGUGUCUUGCCAGGAGUUGGGAUACAAGGUUUUGUCCCCAGCAAAACUGGCUCGUCGAAGGUGAUUCUUGGGAACAAGCGAGCCCUGGAUGUGGCCAAUGCUGACCCAUCAGACCAUUCUCGCUUCAUCGCUUUCCAAGAGAAAUAUCAUCAUCACACAGCAGUUGCCAUCAUGAUUGAUGGCAAACUUCAGUUUGGCCUAGCUUUGAAUGAUACCAUCAGGCAGGAAGCAGCCAAGAUGGUUGAGGAUUUCAAAACCAUCGGCUUCAAACCCGCAAUGUUAACAGGAGACACUGCAGAAGCUGGUGCUUUUGUCGCACAGUCGUUGGGGCUAGAUGAUGAACUAUGUCGGUUUGCUAUGACACCGGACCAGAAGCACGAGUGGGUUGCUUCAAGCGAGUCGGAGGGGCGCCAUGUCUUGAUCCUGGGUGAUGGCAUAAACGAUGCCACUGCCCUGGCAGCGGCCCAUGUGGGCGUCGCCAUCGGUGAAACUGGGGCGGCCUUAGCGGCACAGUCUGCAGACAUUGUGAUGAUGACCGACAAGUUAUACCGACUUCCACAAUGCGUGUUGCUUUGUCGCUAUGCCCUUCGCAUUGAGAGACUGAAUAUUGCAAUUCCAUGCAUAGUGAAGCUUCUCCAAGCCGGCAUUGCCAUGGCCAUGGAUAUCAAAUUAUGGAUCGUGGUGGUGGCUGACUUGGGCACCUUGCUCCUAGCGUUGUUGCUGGGCAUUUCCGUGCUAUCUCCGGCCUUCUGGCAGAGCGUGGCCAUGCCGGUGCACAAGCCACAGCCGAAGAGCCUCGAAACCAGCUUAAGUGCACCAUCUUUGGGCCCUUGGGCUGAAGGAGAUGCUACGAGAGUGAAAGAUCACUCAGCAAGCAAAUGGGACAACGUGGAGUUCCACGAAAUGCCGGUGUGGGUCAAGGUGCCGUCAGGGUACUCAGAUCCUUCAUACAGCCCAAUCCCCGAAUACUUUGAACCUUGGGCCCAAGAUUUCGCGCGACAUGAGAUGAAUGCUGGCUAUGGCCAAUGUCUGGAGGAUUCAGCUCUUUGGGAACCGUGGUGCUGGCGUUUUGCAAGUUGCUGCAGCCACUAG